CAGAUCAACCAGCAGUCAUGAUGUUCCUCCUCGCCGCUGUGCUCAGCGCACUGCUCUGCCUCGCCCACGGCGCCUCUUUACAGAUUGUUUUUGAAAAGAACAUUGAGAGCUCUGGGAACACCAUUGAAGAUGAUGACUUCAGCAUCUCCUCCCUGCUGGAAAAGGCCAACGCUAACGUCGGAAAGAAUCUGGAUGACCCUCUGGUGAUGUUUGGAGACAUCGCCAUUCCAACGGGUCUAAGGAACGCUGAUCCCUGCACAGCCCAGGGAUGCCUGUGGCCAAAAAACAGCAACGAUGGCAACGUCUACAUUCCGUAUCUUAUUUCCAACCAGUACUCCGAAAGAGAAAAAAACAUUAUCGUCAGAGGUUUGCAGUCAUUUGAAGCUUCCACCUGCAUCCGCUUCAGGCCCCGUCAACAAGAAAGGGACUUUGUGAGCAUCCAGUCUCGCUCUGGGUGUUUUUCUUUCAUUGGACGGCAAAACGGCGGACAGAUCGUGUCGCUGAGUCGCCAAGGUUGUGUCUUCCACCAGAUCGUCCAGCAUGAGCUGCUCCACGCGCUGGGCUUCAACCACGAGCAGACCCGCUCCGACAGGGACCAGCACGUCCGCAUCCUCCUGGAGAAUGUGAUCCGUGGGAUGGAGCAUAACUUCAGGGUGAUCAAUACCAACAACCUCAACACUCCUUACGACUACAACUCUGUCAUGCACUACGGAAGGUUUGCCUUCUCUAGAAACAGACAGCCCACCAUCAUUCCCAUCCCCAACCCCAACGUAGCCAUCGGACAAGCCAGGGAGAUGAGCAGCAACGACAUCCUCCGGGUGAAUCGCCUCUAUCAGUGCAGAACCUGAGAAGAACUAAAGAAGAGGGAUGAAGCAUUUUAAGCAAAACCAGAGAGGCUUCGUGUGCUUUCUGAUCGGAUGUGCUCCAAUCAAAUCCUGUGGUUGAUGUGCUUUUGUGCUCAAAUAAUGAAGAAUUUAAAAAGUAGGCAACAGAUCGACCAACUUAUAGAUAUAGAACUUCAGGAAUAAAUGAUUGCCCGCUUUAUGCAAAUUAAAAAACAAUAAAAGUCUUUAGUAUCA